UACCUCCAGGCGUGUGUAAAGGCCACCACAUCAACAGGCACCGCAUUCCAGUGAAUGAUAUCAUAAAGAUGACGGAGAGAGCGAUGAUAGGUCCCCAAUGGAACAACUGGGAUGGCCUCACCACCAUCUUGAAAUGAAAGCCUGCAUUUAAAGUAUAAUUAUCAAGGAAAAUGGCAUCGAUUGCAUGUGAUUUGUUUAAUAUCAAAUCGAAAAGCAAAGAUCCAAUCAGAAAGAAACUAUUUGGGUCACCAGUGGUGGAUGGAGAAAGAACCUCAGAAUUCCAUUAUACACUGACAUUUAUGAAUAAACUUCAGAUUGAACAUGACACAGAACUAAGUUACAAAGCUGUACAGAAAGAUACACAUGAGCAGCGUUUAACACAGAUGAGGCAGUCUCUGAAGAAAAUGUCUGAAGAUGAUUGGCGAUAUCCAAAUAUUGACAAGUUGAUUGGUACUUGAUCUGGUAUAUAACAUUUUGUCAACAAGAAUAUCUCUAUUUGAUUAGGUAUAUAUACUUUUUGUCAACAAGUUUAUUUGUACUUUAUCUGGUCUAUUACAUUUUGUCAACAACUUUACCUGCACUUUAUCUGGAUAGUGGGUUUGUUAAUCCGUGAUGUUGCCAAUAUGGACAAAUUGACUGGCAAGUACGAUUUUUCAAUUGAGGUAAUUUUGUUAUCAGGUCAACAAUAGCUUCAACAUAUAUCAGUACAAAUAUCACUUUCAUGUGAAUUUGUAAGUCUGUAAUGUUGUUAUGAGAGUUCUAUUAUAGAUUCAUAAUUCAACACAGUCUACGUUUCCUUCGAAAUACCUUCAAAGUAAGCAGUAUUCAACUAUGUAAUAUGCAAUAAAAGUUGCAGAAAGCUGUGAGAAAGUGAUUAUAGCGCAAAAGUGUCAGGAAUUGAAUGAAAGGUUGUCUUUGGUGUUGAUAUAAUUUAUCAUAGUAAUGCAUUGUAAGUGUUCCAAACAUUAAAACAUAAUAAAGGUUGUAGUAAGAUUA